CUAUGGAGUAGUAUCCUCGAGGGAUGCUAACCAGAAAGCCACUGGAGCUGCGCUUCAGGCGUCCACUCAUACAACGUAUGCGUCUCGUCUCGUCUCGAAUACUUAAAGCCAGCAAGACUCCUGUUGAAAAGCGCAAGAUCAACUCGUUCGGCAACAGCAUCAACCAGGCGGAAUCCAACUUGAUAUAUCAACAUUCGCAAUUCUCGACACGAGUAACUUAAAUCCCUUCAAAACACCACCAUGGCCUCAGUCGAUAAUCUCUUCGCCGCCAUCGAGAACCGCAUCUCUUGCUACUCGCUCACCAACAAGUCUCCCAUCCCUGAUUCUCGCAUCCACGAGAUCGUCAACUCAACAGUCAAACACGCCCCAUCCGCGUUCAAUGUCCAGUCCGCUCGCGCAGUUAUCCUGUUGAAGCAGGACCAUGAGAAGCUCUGGGGUAUCGGCGACGCCUGCCUUAAAAAGGCCAUGCCAGAACCAGCGUAUCUGGCUCUUGCGCCCAAAGUCCAGGGUUUCAAGGAAUCCUACGGAACGAUUCUGUUCUUCGAAGACCAGGCUGCUCUUGAUGGCUUGAAGAGCAAGAACCCUGGCAUUCAGCAUGUCAUUCCUGAGUGGUCUCAACAUUCCAACGGCAUGCAUCAGUUCAUCGUGUGGACGGCCCUGGAGCUUGAGGGCCUAGGUUGUAAUGCCCAGCAUUAUAACUUCAUGCCCGAUUUCGUGGAUCAGGUUAGGAAAACUUGGAGUCUGCCUGAGACUUGGGAGUUGCACUGCCAGCUUGUCUUUGGCCAGCCGAAGGUGGGAUUGACGAGGAGUCGCGAAAGGACGUACCUGCCGUUGGAGGACCGGGUGAAGAUGUUUGGCGCGUGAAGGGUAGGAGCGAAAAUUACCAAAUAGACUCUGACAGGCGUAGAAGACCAAAUCCAAGAUCUGUUUCAACUUG